AUGCCUGCCACGGGCCUUCAGGCCCUCAUCCUAUGCGGCCCGGGGUCCUCAUUCCCUACCUUCACAUCAAAUCCGGAUGAAAAUCCUAAAGCCUUAUUACCUAUUGCCAACCGGCCGAUGGUCUGGUACCCCAUUGAUUUUUGCUAUCGCACGGGGAUCACAAGCAUUACUCUGGUUUGCCCUCCUUCUGCUGCUGACGCUAUUACCACGGCGCUGAACACAAACCCUUUCCUCACAGCCUUACCUCACCCGCGCCCGGAUCUUGUGGCACCCAACGGGCUUGACCAGAACACAGGAACCGCAGAGAUCCUAAGACUUCCUGAGAUCCGAGAGCUUAUCACAUCUGACUUUGUCGUAUUGCCAUGUGAUCUAGUAUGUGAGUUAGGCGGCGAUAAGCUUUUGCAAGCAUGGAUGGUCAAAGCAGCGAGUCUUCCUGAUCUUCUUAGUGAUGGUGAGCCUCCGAACUGUAAUGGCGGUUUAGGGGUAUGGUACGAGACGAAAACGAUCAACCCCAUCAAGGGCGAGGAAACCGAUUUUAUCGUAACUGCGCCAUUAGCCACGCCUACCGUACCCACGCCAAAGGACUCGCUGCUACCUCACCUGUCCUAUUUAACCUACGCUAUGCCAAAGGAUUCCCUCAACGACCUUGUGGACGAGAAAAAGAACUUCCCGAUCCGCCAUGGAUUAUUGCGCAGCCAUCCUAAACUCAGAAUGCUGACAACCCACCGGGACGCACACAUUUACAUUCUACCAAAGUGGAUUCUGAACUUCAUCGAAGAAAACGAGCGUUUGGAAACACUUGGAGAAGACGUCAUUGGUUGGUGGGCGAAAACAAAUUGGGAGACGGGGCUGUUCCGCAAACUAGGGAUGAAAAAAGUCAUUGGGGGCUACACCGAGGAGUCGGGCAUAGAUAGGUCACCACGUGGAAACGAAUCUGCGGCAGAUGCCAGCCUUAUCGAGUCCCCAUGGAGAGCACGCGAAUCGUACGAGACAUCUCCCCCUGCAGACUUCCGGGGCAGACAACAUGACGGACUAUUAGCUAAGCCGAAGGAGGCUGCCGUCCCGCCGAUUCUAGCCUACAUCCAUCCUGCUCGUGCGGAUGCUCCACUGCUCCGUCGGGUAGACACAGCCCAGCUUCUCCUCGCCAUAUCACUGCAGCUGGCAAAGCUUCCUUCCGUGGAGGAAACCGGCCCUGAGGUGGCAUCGGCAUUUGCUCAUGCGAGAAAGGUUGCCUAUCCCGAAGGUGUUAAACCUCGGACAACCAUAACUAGACAGGACUGCUUAAUUGCCGAUAAUGUAAUGGUGGAAGAAAAGACGUCCAUCAAGGAGAGCGUCAUUGGAGCAAACUGUCAGAUUAAGGAAGGUGCCAAGUUGUUUCAGUGUCUGCUCAUGGACGGUGUGGUGGUAGGCAAAGGCUGUAAAUUGACUCGCUGCAUUCUAGGCAAGAGAAGCGAGGUCGGGGAGGGUUCAACGCUUACGGACUGUGAAGUGCAGGAGAACCUGUUGGUGGAGCCUAGAACUGAGGAUAAGGACAGCAAACUCAUGAGCUCCUCCGGGCUAGAAGCUAGCGAGCAGGAGAUGCAGGAGGCAUUGGACGGCAUUGAGGAAAGUGACCAGGAUAGCACCGUGUUGGGAUAA